UGUAAAGUGCAUCUUUAAUGAAGCUUCGCUACUUGAAUUGACUUUCUGAACUAAAUCGACGCUGAUGAUGGAUGGCUGCUUUGGUGCGCUGCACGCUCCUCCAUACAGACGCACGUGGGAGGGGCCAGAGCGGCGCUGUUUUAAAUCCACACGUGGUCUCCGUCUCUGAGGCUUGUUUAGCAGCAGCAGCAGUGAGCGCGGCUACAAACUUCAGACCGAACUCAUGCCAGCGCGCUGCACACGGCCGCCGCUGCUGGGGUAAAACUGGACCGGACGGAGGCUCUGAAUACUCGGCGAAAAUGCCAUCUCAUCGUCUCAACCAGUUUUCCGAACUGGAGGACAUAGUGAGCAAGCAUCUUCUCAGUCUUGACCUCGGAGAACAGAGCAGACCGCCUCCCCCGCUGAAUCUGGCCGCGGGUUCUCCAGGUUACGUCCGCCAGCUGUGUAGAAGCGACUCGGUCCCCCUGCCCGGCCUCCCUGCUGAUGCUUCAGAGGGCCUGAGUCUGCCCUCCAGCCAAUGGGGGCAGCCAUCAGACCGUCCCGUACCCUCGCAGCUUGCUGCCAAUUCUAACCAUUGGGGGAAGUUUGCCCUUCUCUCCCAGCGCUCUGUCAGCCUGGUGGAGACGAGGAGCGUGCCGGGAGCAAGUCUAGACUGGUCCAGGACCGAUCCGAAGACGUCCCAAAGUGAGAUGAGCCCCGCUGCUUUACAGGCUGCCGCCUCCGCUUCAUCCAACUCCUCGUCGCGCUACAAAACCGAACUCUGUCGGUCUUUUACCGAGAACGGCCUGUGCAAGUACGGCGGGAGGUGCCAGUUCGCCCACGGCCCAGAGGAGCUGCGCGAUCUUAACAGACACCCAAAGUACAAGACCGAGCCUUGUCGCACUUUCCACACCGUUGGCUUCUGCCCGUAUGGGAUCCGCUGUCACUUUAUCCACAACGGCGAGGAGGAGAAGAAAGCCGCCUUCUCUCGCUCCUCCUCUGCAUUCUCCUCCUCCCUCAACAUUCCUCAGCAGCCGGCAGGUUCCUCCUCCUCGUCUUCUUCUUCCAUGCACUCGCACAGGCCUCCCCUCGUCCGGCAGAGCUUCAGCUUCGCUGGGUUUCCUUCAGCUCCUCAGUAUGUCCUGCAGUCUGUCCUGAGCGGCCACACGCCUCCGCCACCCGCCGCAGCCUCGUUCACACGCAGCUCGUCCGGCUCCGCCACGUCCUGCGCCGACAUCACCGACCUCCUCUCCAGCGCCUUCCUGGGGCUGGACUCGGCCUUCGAGGCGUCCAGCGCGCCGCAGUGCCAGCCCCCCGCGCCCCUCGUCACCCAGGCCGACCUGCGCGCCCCCUUCCUGCCCUCCCCCGACUCUGGCUACUCCCCCAGCGGACUGUCUCCCACCGGCUCGCCCUCCCUGCGACAGAGCCCCGGUGCCCCCGACGUCCCUCUGGGGUCGUUGGGCGCGCGCUCCCUGUCCUACACCUCCCUGUCGGACCAGGAGGGCGGCAGCUCCGCGGGCUCGCUCAGCGGCUCCGAAUCCUCCGGGGGGAGCACCGACAGCAACGGAAAACGCCUGGCGGUGUUCAGUCAGCUCUCCGUUCCUUAAGAUGCUGCUGGUUUUCCGCCCCUCGCGGGCAGAAAGCUUUAAAAUAAGACGCGCCUGUUCUAACCUUUAAUCUCUGUAUUUCAGCCUGACCAACAUGUAAGAUGUUCUCCGCACCCCGUGUGGCACGUUUAAAAGAAAAACGACUUUAGAUUCCCCCCCGGUGCCUAAACUAAACGAUACAUAUCAGAAUAGCUGUUUUACAUUGACAAAUAGGUUUUUAUUCUUUAUCUAAAUAGUUUAAAUGUGCCAUAAAGGCAGACUGACCAAUAAAAAAAAAAAAGAUUUAGAUGAGACCAGCUUGGUUUGAACCCAUCAUCCGUUUGCUUGUCUAGUCGUUUUAUGAAUGGUUUAAAGUACCAGACGAAGCCAAAGAAGAUGUUUUUGCAGCUCCGGCUCCUCGGUCACGGCGGCACAAACUCGGUGGCCAACGUUCAGGAGUCUGCUCCAAUAACUGCGCAGUGUUGUUCGUUAGCUUGUGAAGUAGUUCGGAUUUUUUCGUUGUUUUUUUUUUGUUAUUUUUUUGUAAUGUGCAGUCUGAGGUCGUGUUUAGAUGACUGGUUUUAAACCUGAACCUUUUUUUUUUUUCUUCUCUCUUUCUUUCUGGGAAGCAUUAAUUCAAACGGUCUUAUGUGUUACCAGCUUGCAGGCACCAGCAACAUGUCUAAUCAGCAGAUGUAAGCUACGUAUCGAGUCACAAAUGAGAUGCCAGUUAUUGGCGCUUGCCUUUGGUGUAUUUAAAGCGAAUCCUUCUUAACAGCUCUCUUGUUUGCCCCGUUUCAUGCGCUAGCGGUGUAAUUAAAUUGAUCCUUUAUUUGAUUCUUUUUCUCCUUUCUCGUUUCCCCCCCUCUGCUGGUGCACUGUUGCGUCUUUCUUGAACGUUUUAGCCAAUCUUUGCCUUGUUGAAUCUCUCUGUCAUUCAGUAUUAAUCAUUGCUGUUACGGCUCCAUACUGUUCUCUUGAUAAGAGCCACUUGAAAUGUGUCUGUUGCCUUACCGAACUAGAGCCAGCAUACUGUAGAGGUUUAGGGCACGUAUGCUUAGUGUUUUAGAAACAUUACACAGCUGUUUUUUUUUUUUUUUGUUUGUUUUUUUUGUGCGUGUUUACAUUGUAGUUUGUUAGACGAACAGGCGUCGUGAUGUUCCUGGUCUAUUUAAGAAUCGCUUUUUUUUUCGUCGACAAGUUUGAGACCUGUUUAGAGAUGAAAGGUGACUGUCUUUAGUAAAUUAAUUUCUUUAAUUUAUUUUAUCGUAUUUAUAGAGGACUUCUCAGUUAAUUCUUGUAUCGAGUUUAAUAUAUUUGGGUUUCUUCUGCCUUUUUUUUUUUGUACUGAAAAUAAAGUUUCUUUUUUAAAAAUA